CACAGCUCGGUCUCCGCUCCGGAGAGGGAGGAGAGUACAGUAGAGGCAGACUGAGCGUUGGGGAAGAGAAGGAAAAUAAUGUGAGCUAGCCUGGCGCCGUAAAUACACACACACACACACACACACGCCCGCCACCUGUGCUUCCAUAGAAUUACCCUACCGGAGUCGCUCGGGUCAUCGAGCUGAAGCCAGAUGUUGUCUUGAACGCUCGGGUUUUCAGCGAAGCUCUACUGGGAAACUGAAGCGACUGCCGGCAGUGUGCGGCGAGAUCUACAAGUGAUUCUUUAAACACCUCAAGCGCUUUAAUAGGCUUUUUUUUCUCCCUGAGAUUGCCACUGCUUACGGAACCACCCCAGCCUUCGGGGACUUGUCAGCCGGGCUCCUGGCGGGUGCAGGCAAGCAGAUGUCUCGAUGUGCCUGUCCUACGCAACUUUGCUGCCGAUGGCUUGUGGUUAGGGCUCAGGCCACAGGCCAGUGAUCAUUCCCGGUGCUUGACACCUCCCAAGGGCACAAUCAAUCGUCCUCAUUCCCUCAGAAGGCAGGACUUCGACCAUUCCCACCCCCCCCAAUCCCCCCCCUUUCCAUCUCCCAUCCUCACCCCCCACUGACUACAGAAUGGAAAAUCUAACAGAGCUUCAGAACCCUCUGCUGGAGAAGAACCAACACGUUGGAGGUGAUUUUGGUUUCAGAGAGGAUUAUAAUGAGGAGCGGCAUUACAAGGAAAAACUCCUGAGCUACUUUGUGAGCAAUAAUUCAGCCAAGAACAAACCCAAGGCCAACUUCACCCGGCAGCUCCUGGACGCCAGCUCCCUUCACCUGGCCGUGGAGGCGUUUUACCGGCCCAAUUUUAUCUUGUACAAGGACGAGGCAAAAGAAAGUGGGAAGGAUUGCAGGAGUGACAGCUGUGAGACAACGUUCACUGAGAGGAAGAACUUGACUAUUGACUGUCCCGACCAUUCAGAGUCUAAACUUGUGGAGUACACGGAGAACGACGUGACGAUCCAGACAGUCUCCUAUGAGGUGGAGGAAGAAGAGUUUCAUGACUGCGAGAGUGACUGCUCGAGUGACAGUGACAGCGAGGACAACUUCAUAACCAUCCCUCCGCGGGACCAUCUGGGCCUGGCCAUCUUCUCCAUGUUGUGUUGCUUCUGGCCUCUCGGCAUUGCCGCUUUCUACUUCUCUCAAGGGACAAGCAAGGCCAUCGCAAAAGGAGAUUACCAGCGGGCAACCUCAGCAUCGCGAAGGGCCCUCUUCCUGGCAGCCCUCUCGAUCACCAUUGGAACAGGCGUGUAUGUCGGGGUCAUUGUAGCUCUCAUCGCAUACUUGUCAAAGCCGGGGCAUGUAUAGUGUCGAACUGCAGCCUGCUCGGUGUGAGGAUCCUCUAAGGACAGUUCUUCGUCUGUUCAAUUAUCCAGUUUUAUUGCCCUGUUAAUUGAGUAAAUUGUGUGUAUUAUCCAUUGUUUUGGCCAUUUUGGAGCUAGGGGAGGAGGACCGUCUGGCAAGGAGAAGCUUGAUUCACGCCUCCACACCGGGAACUGUGGACGUCAGGGGUAGGCAGCAAGUCCACCAUUGUCACUGGAACCCUUGACUGGGCAGCCGGGCAAGUCCCACAACAGGACUUUACUCUGGGAGAGAGGUUGGGGGACAAGGAAAAUGUUCUUUCUCCUUGUUAAUCCACCACCAGGGGGCAGUGGUGCUGGAGUGUAAUGUCCUUGCUGUCCCAUUGUCCUGUAGACCUGAGAGGAAGCAGAAAAUGACUAUGGGAAAGAAUUGUGGAGGUUUGUAAUGAGGGCUGGGGAAACAACUCUGUAACAAAUAUGAUUAAACUGGUCUAGGGCAAGAGUGAAUAAGCCAAUGAUAUGCAAAUAGCCUUUUCUCUGUUGCUAAGCAAGCCUUGCCCUGGGUCACUCUCUCUCAGCAAGCCAAUUAUGCCAUAAUUAGCUGCUCAGUGUUAAUGUAGCUGUGCCAUGAAGGCUACCUCGUCUGAUCAUGCCUGGUCCAUUUUAAACGCUGUGUGAAAUAAAAGGGCCUGAGACCCUCUAUAAAUCUAUAAUCACACUGUUUUAUUUUGGGAAAGUCAAGAAUCUUCUGAAAUUAAAUGUGACUUUUGUAAUAAAGAUUUGAUUUCAUCAACAAUAAUAUCACAUUCCGCUGUCAUACAUCUCACAAGUUGGAAAAACACAGGUGUAAAAAUCAUUGUGGU